AUGGCGGACAAGCCUCUCCUCGCAAACCGCUACUGUCUCAACCAGGUCAUCGGCGAGGGCGCCUACGGUGUCGUCGCCUCCGCCCAGGAUGUAGUCACGGGUGAUGUCGUCGCCGUGAAGCGCAUCAAGCGUGUGCUCGACACAUAUGCCAUGGCCACUCGCAUUCUCCGCGAGCUCAAGUUUCUGCGCCUCCUUCGCGGCCACAACAACGUCAUCGAAGUCAAGGAUAUCCUUGUCCCUUCCGACCGCGAACGCUUCAACGACACUUUCGUCGUCUUCGAGCUCAUGCCCUGCGACCUUUCCAGCGUCAUCCGCUCCACCGCACCGCUCAACCCGGCAAAUGUCAAGUACCUCAUGUUCCAGCUCUUGCGCGGUAUUCAGUAUCUCCACACCGCCGGAGUGCUGCAUCGCGAUUUGAAGCCUUCCAAUAUUCUCGUCGACUCUAAGUGCUCGCUUAAGAUAUGCGACUUUGGUCUUGCUCGCGCCGCCUUUCGCGCAGAGAACGACGCUGAUUUGGUCCUGUGGACAGAGUACGUUGCCACGCGCUGGUACCGCGCCCCGGAGCUCAUCAUGCCGCAUGAGAACAAUUAUGGCCGCGCUAUUGAUGUCUGGUCAGCGGGUUGCAUUUUUGCAGAGAUGCUCCUACGCUCCCCGCUUCUCCCAGGCGGUGAUGCCAUUGAUCAGCUUCGUCGCAUUACCGAGUUUACCGGUACCCCUACUCUAGAUGUUAUUUCCAGACUCAGGAACCCAAAGGCCCAGCAGUAUCUCAAGUCCGUCAAGCCCAAGCCACCCACUGACCUGAACACAAUAUUCGCUCCCGGCACAGAUCCAGAGGCCCUCCAGCUGAUUAAGGCAAUGCUCGAGUUUGAUCCGCAGAAAAGGAUUACCGCUUACGAUGCCCUUAUGACAAACUACUUUAAGGAGUGGAGGGACCCGUUAGGGUUCGGACCGCGCCCGCGGGACCUCACUGAGAAGGAGUUUGACUUUGAGAAGAGGUUGGGAAUGAACAAGAUUGACGGCUUGGCCUAUAUUCGCCGUGAGUUGCUCGAAGAGAUUCUGUUCUAUCACCCGGAGAAACGCGACGAGCUGUAUGGAAAUGGGCCCAGCUACGAGGUGGAAAGCCAGGCUGCUGGCUUUGCAAAGGCCAUGGACAAUCAGCGUAAGGGCUUCAACGCCGCUGUGCCCGCCAAGAGCAUGCCCAAGGAUGCCAUGAAGAACAUCGUAUUGUCGCAGACAGAGAGACGAAACGCCGCCAUGAAGCAUGGCAGGGCGCCGACGGUGCCUAGUGAGGUCAUGAGGCAAUACGAAAACCAGAUGGACACCUCGGAAACGCCGAGACCAGGCGAGACGCCACAACAAGGUGAAAACGAGGACGCAGCGAUGCAGGGCUAGUGCGUUCUACUCGCUGUUCACAGGGACACAACGAAAAAGGAACGUUAUGGCAGGGUAUGCAUUCACGGUUGUGAGAGGGAGGAGGGGCAGGCUAUCGGGGUCUAGGGAUGUGACAGGAAGUCGGUGUUGUUCAACUGGGAGGGGUUGUGAACUGACGAAGGGUGGCAUCUCUUAUGUUCGGGCUAAUUACGACUACAUGGGAAGCGCGGUCCGACUUGCUUUUUUUGCUUAACCUCUGCGUUCCGGCUGCGUCGGCAGCAAGCGAUGGGCAGGGGUUUGUGUGCGUUUAUGAGCAACACGUGUGAAUAGUCGGACUGGUGCGCAAUGGACUUUCUACAAAUAUAUGAGGACCUAUGACAUAUGAGGAGGAGCAUGAGUGAAGCCAGGGGCUUUUUUGUUCGUGAUGAUCGCCUGCUGAGAUCUGGACUCUUUUGAGUAGGAAGCGCGUGACGCAGAGGCUGCCGAGAUAGGUGUACAUUUUAGGUGAUUGAUAUGAACGUGUAAAGCAUGACUCUAUGUUGUGCCGUACAUCUGUGGCAUUUGCAUUUCUUUCGUGGGCUCCAGUUCGGAGCCGGUUGAAGGACGAGGAGCGCAGGUCGUUCACUUGAUCUCCACAGAGGCAUCUCGCUGCCCAUGUCCACAUCUUGUUGUAAAGGAUCAGGGCGUACUCUCCAGCACAUAAAGGUGUACCCAGCAUU